AUGAUUACGGGAGUCACUUCAGGCUCCUUUGAUUCUGUAUCGAACUUCCGUAUGACUGAAUACUCCGACAGUAUUUUAAAAACGAUUGCUAGUGUACAUUUCUACCUGCGCGAAGGCUACUACGGAACAGCGUUGAAAAGUUGUGGAGGAGCUAAUGGAGACUCACCUCAUGUGCAACUGCUCAAAGGGAUUGCACUUAUCUUAAAUGGAAAACCAGCCGAGGCGAUGCGAUUAUUGGAAACUUUACGGAAGGGCGAGUGCUCCAUGGGAGCGCUAUACGCUCUGAAAUAUGCUCAUCUUCAGGCCGAAAAUCCAGAUCGUCAGUCGUUAAUGGAAAUUGAAUCCGCUCUGAUGGAGAUCAAUGAUGCGCCGCCAAUGGAGCAGUUUUCAGCUGCCGAAGCUCUGUUUUUCCAAAAAGACUACGCCAAAGCAAAACCGAUUCUUGACAGAAUCGCCAGAUCCAAUCCGGAUAAUUCUUUGAUAGUCUGCCUAUCGGGAUGGACGGACCUUUUGCUCGGUAAAGAUCAGAAAUCUACGCUGGAAAUGUUUGAGCGAGCAAUCGACGGAGGAUAUCUCGACGGUUAUGUCGGCAAAAUGGCUAUAUUUACAUGCAGACAGCUGGCGAGUGAUGCCAAAUCGCUGUGCAAGGAUGCCCUCACCGCAUCUUUUGGUCACUUGCCUUUUCAUGUGGAAGCAACGAGAGCAUGUCUGCUAGCAAAGGAAUGGAAUAAUGCUUUACAGGCUUUACAGAAUUCCAAUAUAGUAGAGUCGGAUAAUGUGUUCAUACUUUUCCUAUUCGCUGUACACACUAUUUGUUCAAGUGGAACAAGAAUUGAGCAAACGCUUACUGAACUGCAGACCGCCUUGGACACCGCAGAAAGUGACAAUCAUGCCUUAUAUGGACAAAUGGCAAGCUGUCUUUAUAGAAUGGGAGGACGAAACAGAACUGUACUAGCCUUUGCAAGGGAGCUACUAGCACGAGCGAAUAAAAAGUCACGUAGACCAGCCUAUGUUGUGGACGAGCUAAGAGUAGCCAUAUCGCUAGAUGAUGUUCGAGAAGUAACAUCGAAAGUGAAAGAGCUGAUGUCGAUGGAUUGUGAUGAUCCAUAUGCUGCACUUGGUGAGAUCUCCUUGUCCAUUUUUGAAGUCAAGAUCGCAAAUCUCCCUUCUUGGAUUUAG